UUAAUUGUCUCUAAUUAAUUCUCUAAUUAAAAAAAACAUGCACAGAAAAAUUCAACUGAUCAAGUCAUCAAAUAAAUAUUCAAACACACUCACACACUAAUAGAAAAAAUUUGUCGCCCAAUGCAAAUUCUUCUUAAUAUUUUUAAAUGAUUUUUCUAACAAAAGAAAUGUAAAAGUGUGUGACCAUGUGUUUGGGGGGUAAGGUUACACACAAAUAACAAUAACGCAACAACAAGUCUGAGCGAGUCGUUGUGACUGGUUGUGACAUGUGAAUUGUGAUGAUAAAAAGUGAUAGAUUCAUUUGUUAUUAAAAAAGUUAAUAAAGCAAUAACAACAAUGUCGAAAAUUAACAAUGAAAAUAUUGAACCAAAUAUGAUGAUGAAUCAAAAUAAAACAAAUGAUGAACUUGUUAUAAUACAUGAAAUAAUAAAUAGCCAAACAGCUGAUCCAUAUUCAACAGGUGGAAUAUUGACAGAAGAAGAUAUUAUGAUACAUCAAGAUAGAAUGAGAAAACAAUUAUUAUUAAUGAUACAUGCACAACGAUGUAACCUUAAUGAUAAAAAAAAUAAUAAUAAAAAAUGUACCUGGAUAUUGUGUGAAUGUAUGCAAAAAACAUUUAUCCAUAUGUCAAAUUGUUAUAAAACAACUGAUUGUGGAACACCACAUUGUUAUUCAUCAAAAACAAUUGCAAAACAUUGGAAAACAUGCUUAAAUGAAAAUUGUUUUCUUUGUAAACCAAUUAGACUUCAAGAAAAAAAACAAAACUUAAAUUUAGCUACUACUAGUUUGAAUACAACAGAAAAACAAAUGCCAAUACGACAAAUUGAACUACAUCAAAUGAUUAUAAAUAAUAAUGAUGGAUAUACUAAACAAUGGCAAAUGAAUUUAUCACAAGAUUUAAGAAAUCAUUUUAUAUUUAAAUUAGUUGAAAUAAUGCAUCCAAAACAAAUUACAAUUAAUCAACAAAAACAAUUAAUAAUUGAAAAUAAUAAUCAACAAGUAUCUCAAGAGUUAAGAACAAAUGUUCGUAAACAAAAACCUCGUGCAAUACCAAUUGAUAAAUCAUUCAAACCAAGUAGUCAAUUAACAUCUACAUCAAAUAAUACUGGGAAAGUAUCUAGUAAGCCAACAACUCUUUCAUCAAGUGUAACAUUAAAUUCAAAUACUCAAUCAACAUCUGUUGCACCAAAUGAUCAACAACCAGUUGAAUUACCAACAGUCUCAUCAAAUUUAAAUAUUCAAUCAGCAUCUGUUACACCAAAUGAUCAACAGCCAGUUGCAUCACCAACUGUUCCAUCAAAUUUAAAUACUCAAUUGACACUUGAUGCACAAAAUAAUAAUCAACAAAAAAAUAUUGAAACACCAACUACUGAAUUGACAUCUGAUACACUUAUUAAUAAACAAACACUUGAAUCAUCAACUGCUUCAUUAAAUUCAAAUACUCAAUCAACAUCUGAUGCACAAAAUAAUAACCAACAAGAAAAUAUUGAAACACCAACUGAUACAUCACAACCAAUUGCUCAAUUGACAUCUGAUACACUUAAUGAUGAACGAGCAGUUGAAUCACCAGGUGCCUCAUCAAAUUCAAGUACUCAAUUAACAUUUGAUACACCAGGCAAUUAUCAAACAAUAAAUAACGAAGCACCAAGUGUUCCAUCAGCAAAUCAAGCAUCAGUUAUUAAAUCAUUAGAAACACAAUCAGAUGAAAAUCAAACAAUGGACAUUGACGAGAUAGAUAACACUAAUGAAAAUGAAAAAAUCAUAUCAACAAUUGAACAAUUAUUAUCAAAUAAUAUACCCAAUAAACCACAAUAUAAAAAAUAUAAGUUUCCAAUGAAACAAAAUGAUUUAGCUAAAGCAUUAAAGCCAGUAUUUUAUAGAAUAUAUAAUCAACAUCCAGAAGCAUCACCAUUUCAUCGAGGUGUAUCACGUACUCAUUCAAAAUUAUCAAAUUAUUAUGACAUUAUUAAAAAUCCAAUUGAUUUAUCAAUAAUAGGAAGAAAAAUAAAUGGUAAAAAAUAUUAUGAACCAUGGGAAUUUGUUGAUGAUAUUUGGCUAUUAAUUGAAAAUGCUUGGUUAUAUAAUACAGAAAAUAGUCGUAUUUAUGGCUAUGCAAAAAAGCUAUCAGUUAUAUUUGAAGAAACAAUGAUACCAGUUAUGACAUCACUUGGUUAUUGUUGUGCAAAAUCAUAUAAAUAUAAUUAUGAUAAUUUAAUUUGUUGUGCUAAAGAACAUUUAUGUUUUUUUGGUAUGUAUGUACAAGAAUAUAAUGACAAUUGUCAAAUGCCAAAUACAAGAAAGGUGUAUGUAUCACAUUUUGAUACUUAUGUUAAAAAACUUGGUUAUACAUCAAUACAUUUAUGGUCAAGACCACCAGCUAAAAAUCAAGAUUUUAUAUUUAAUAAACAUCCAUAUGAACAAAUAAUUCUUGAUGCUCAACAAUUACAAAAAUGGAUUAAUAAAAUGGUUGAUUUUAUUGAAGAUACUAUUGAUAAAGCUAAAGAUAAUGAUGAUGCAUGUAAAGAUGAUGAAAAACAACUUGGACCAAUUAAUGAUCCAGAUCUUGAUAUUGAUUGUGAUUUAAUGAAUGAACGUUCGAGAUUUGUAAAUGUAACACGAGAUAAUUAUCUUGAAUUUUCAACAUUACGAUGUGCUAAAUUUAGUACAAUGGUAAUGCUGAGUGAAAUACAUAAACAAAGUAAUUAUUUUCAUAAAAAUAAAGUUACAGUUGAUAGACGUAUUGCUGCUUUGACACAUGGUUAUCAAUGUACAGAUGAUUAUUGUCAAUCAAAUGAUUGUAAUGAAAUGAAAAAAGUAAUUAAACAUUCUUUAAGUUGUUUAAGUAAAUUUGAUACUACUGAUUGUGCUAUUUGUAAAGAAUUUAUUCAGCUUAAAGUUUGUCAUGCUAAAAGUUGUCGAUUGACUGUGUGUCCAGUACGUUCAUGUUUGGUGAUUAAAAAGAAACUGUUGAAUAAAAAUUUAAUCAUUGUUAAUAGUGAAAAGAGAAAAAGAUCAAUUGACAAUGAUGAAGAUAGUGAUAGAUCAAAAAAAAUUCAAAAAGUAACAAAUGAUUCAUCACUUCAAGUUGAUCAACAACCCGGUGCAUUAAAUCAACAAGUCAACAAGUCGUCAAGUGGCGCUUCUUCAACAAUAUGGUAA